GCGGCUGUUAGUCGCUCAUAGUGGUUUUCGAUUUAUGAUACCAUCCCAAAUGUUAAGUUUUGGCACUUAUUUUGCCCGUUCUAUCGCUCGUGCAGAAGGUAAAGUUCGCUAUACUGGUGCAAUUAUUUGUGCUGAAAUUCAUACGGGUAAUGUUAAAGAAUAUAAUCAUAUGAAUUGUGUCAAAGAUGAAUUUUGUAGUAAACAUGCAUCACAAGUGCUGAAAUGGGUUAUAGCAGUUGAUCCUGGUUCUGUUUCCAAACUUCAACUGUAUGUAUUAGAUAGAGAAUUUGCCGAUACAAUUUGUGGGUGUAUUUAA